AGGAAUAUUUGUAUAAAGUUAAAAGUUAAAAUAAAAAAGAUGAUGGAAGGCACAUUAAAAAAUAAUAUUGAUAAAUUAAUUGAAGAACUGCGAUUUAUUAUAAAAUCUGAAAAAGAAAUUGAAGAUAUCAUCCAAGUAUUAGAUUCUAUUGUUGAUGUUAGCAAAACAUCUUUUGGAGAGAAUACAGAAUGCAUAAUAGAUGAUGUUUUUUUAACUUUAUUACAUCAUGAAUCAAAAGAAAUUAUUGCAAAAACUGCUAAAGCAAUUGCUGAAAUUGCAAAAAGUGAAAAAGGGAGAGAAAAAUGUACUAGUACAGAUUUAAUAAAUGCAUUAUUAGAUCUGUUAAAUGAGGAAUGCAUUGAUAUAUUGAUACAGACUUCCAGGGCUUUAGGAAAUAUUUGUUAUGAGAAUGAAAAUGGUAAAAAAUUCAUUGAAAAUAGAAAUGGAUUAAUAUUAAUUCUAACAGUAUUAAAAAAAAGUGUUACUCUGAAAAAUGAAGAAAGUUUAUCAUUUCUUCGUAAUGUUGCUGCAGGACUUUUAUUAAAUUUUCUUAUUGAUCAACCAUCUCUUCAUACAAAGGAAUUACAGGAAAAAAUAGUACCUAUUAUCUGUAAUAUUCUGGAAAUUGAUGGGACUUCUGGUGGAGAGGCUGCAAUGCAUUCUCUUUUAAUACUAGAAUUAUUGAACGAUGCUAACAAAAUAUUUUUAGAUGAAAGGCUUACAACAAUUUUAGUAAAUAUGUUAUCUACUGAUACAUCAUCAGAACUUUCCGAAAUAUGUUUAGAACUUCUUCAUGGACAAGCAGAAGAUGAAAAUACAAAAUUACUACUUGCGAAAGCUGGUGUUUGUGAAUUAUUAUUGAAUUUAUUAGAAAAACAUAGUCCAUAUUGUACAGAUGAAGAAACUAGAUCUGUGUUGAAAAUUGCUUGCAAUUUAAUUGUUCUUAUAUUAACUGGAGAUAAUAGUAUGAAUAGUUUAUAUGAUAAAAGUAAUGGCAUUACAUACAAAAAACUGGUUAAAUGGCUUGAGAAUAAAGACAAAGACUUACAAAUUACAGCUGUAUUAGCAAUGGGUAAUUUUGCACGUUCAGAUACUCAUUGUAAACUUAUGGUUACUCAAGGUGUUCAUCGUAACCUUUUAAAAUUGUUACAAAGAAAUAAUACAAAUGUUGAUGAUAUAAGAUUUCAACAUGCUUUGCUUAGUGCUUUAAGGAAUCUCGUUAUUCCUAUGGAUAAUAAACCUAUAAUAUUAACAGAUGGAUUGAUAAACAUUUUAUAUUCUAUGUUGAACAUUUCAUCAUAUCCUGUUGUAUUUAAAUUACUAGGCACUUUAAGGAUUGUUAUUGAUGGUCAAAGUGAAGCUGCCAUAGAAUUAGGAAAGAAAAAUGAUUUAAUAAAAAAAGUUGUCAAUUGGUGUGAAGUUGAAGAACAUCCUGGAGUUCAGGGUGAAGCAAAUCGUUUAAUUGCUUGGUUAAUUAAUAAUAGCAGAAAUAAAGAUAUAGCACAUCUAAUAAUAGAACAUGGAGCUGUAAAACAUCUGGUCAAAAUGUUAACAACACCACAUGUUUUAAUGUUAAACGAAGCUUUAAUUAGUUUGAUGAUAUUGACUACAAUUUCCUUAACUGAAUGUGAAAAUCUUCUUUUGGAAGCUGAUAUAGGAGAAAAACUUUGCAAUCUCUUUAAUGAUAAAAGCAAUUUGGAAAUACCAAUUUUACAUAAUGUAUUAUGUUUAAUUGAUAAUAUUAUUAAUUCAGAGGCUUUAAAAGAACAUCUGAGAAAAACUGAUUUAAUAAUAUUAUGUCAAGAAACAAAUUUAAUUAAGAAAGAAGAAAAACUUAAUAAAAAAUUGGAAAAAAUUUGUAAGAUAAUUAUAUAAUUAAAUAAUGAA